AUGAGUGAGCAAACUCCGUUGGAGGUCGAUAGUGCCGAACUAUACGAUGCGAGCUCCAUCCUGACAGAGACGCAAUUGGGCACGCCGUCCGUUCAGAACUACAGAUUUGAGAAUGGCCGCCGUUACCACGCCUUCCGCGAAGGCUCGUACAUGAUGCCCAACGACGAGAAGGAGCAGGAACGGCUCGACUUAGCCCACCACAUCUUCCGAAUGAUCCUCCGCGGACGUCUGUACCGCGCGCCGCUCCCACGCCAGCCACGCCAUGUGCUCGACUUCGGCACCGGCACCGGGUCGUGGGCCAUCGACUUUGCCGACGAGCAUCCGGACAGCCAGGUCGUGGGGAUCGACCUGUCUCCGAUCCAGCCCAGCUCGCACCCGCCCAACUGCCGCUUUUUUGUCGACGAUGUCGAGUCGCCGUGGACGUUCGAGGAGGAGAAAUUCGACUACGUCCACGGUCGGGCCAUGGCGGGCGCGAUCCGGGACUGGGAUGCCCUGCUCGAACAGGUCUAUGCCAAUCUGACGGAGGAUGGAUGGGUGGAGUUGCAGGAGAUCAAUCAACCGAUGAACACCGCCGAGACAAUGAAGGAGCGGCUAGAGAGGCUGGGCUUUGUCGAUGUCAGAGACGACAUUUACAAGGUCCCCGUUGGCCCCUGGUCCAAAGACCGCCGGCUGAAGGAAAUCGGCUACCUGACGCUGUUCCACUGCCUCGAAGCGUUGGAGGCCUUCACAUUGGCACCGUUUACGCGAGUGCUGAUGUGGUCGACGGAGGAAAUCCGGAAGCUGAUGGACGGCGUCAAGGGGGAGCUGAGCAACGGGCAGAAUCAUCUCCUAAUAACACAGCACAUCAGUGCGAAUAUAUUAUUAGCAAGCCAAGAAAAUUGA